AUCUUGUAAUUUCGUCGCCGUAUAAAAGUCCGCUCGAGUUUGGGCGGCGUGGUUGGCUUUCUUUUUUCCCACUCGUUGCCGGGGGGAAGACAUUUGAAAACGUUCACCGCUUUCGGACUCACCCAACAAACGAGCUGGUGUCGGUGGAAGAUGCCGUCUGGCAAAGGAGUUACGAUCAGCGUUACGGCCGAGACGGACGCGGGAAAGAGACGCCACAUGGAAGAUUACCUGGACGUCCGCCUGGCGCCAAGCAACGAGGCUCUACGGAACACGCCCGGACUGAAGGAGCAAGCCUUCGUAGGUGUCUUCGACGGUCAUGGCGGGAAAGAGGCGGCCCUGUACGCCCGCGAGCGGCUGUGGGACUUGAUCCAGGAGCAGAGCAAGUUCCGCACCACAGACAGACAGAAGGUGGCGGAGGCGAUCAAAGACGCUUAUUUGGGCCUGCACAGGGAGAUGGAACCCAUGAGACCGAGGUGGAAACCGAAUAAACUGGGCGACCAGAGCACCGCGGGGACCACCGCCUGUACCGUCAUAUUCCGCCAAGACCACUUCUACGUUGCCAACGUCGGUGACUCGGGUGCAGUUCUAGCCACAGUCAAUCAAAGAGCUGGAGAAGAGGGGCAACCUCCCGUGAUUGCCACCAUGUUGAGUAAAGACCACAAGCCAGAGGACCCAGUGGAGACAAAGAGAGUAGAAAGCCUAGGUGGACAGGUGAAGAUCAGCAGAAAAGGGGUGCCAAGGGUGGUGUGGGAGCGAAAGAAAACGAGUGACGACCCAGACAAGCCACCUACAGUGGACCUCAUCCCAUUCCUGAGUGUGUCUCGAUCUCUCGGCGACUUCUGGUCCUGGUGCGAGCGAACGCAGAAGUUCGUCGUCUCCCCACAUCCGGAUGUCGACAUACAUCCUCUCGACCCAACCUGCCAGAAAUUCCUCGUCCUAGCAUCUGAUGGGUUGUGGAAUGUCAUGAGUCCCCAGGACGCCGUCAACUUCAUCUGGGAGUACAAGACGACACCUGCUGACGAGAAGGACGAAAAAGUCAGCGCGUCUCGUGACGUGGUUCGUGCUCUCAUCGACGAAGCUCUCUACCGAUGGCGCAAGAAGGGAAUGUUUGCAGACAACAUCUCCGUGGUAAUUGCAUUCCUGACUCAGGAAGGUACUGAGGAUAGAGCGCUCCAGUCUCUUCUUCGGUGUCAAGACAGCAAAGCCAAGACGAGGCCUGAGAGGGAAGAAGAAUCGCAGCAAAGGGUAGAGGAGAGGUUACCAUUCAAGAGGUCGAGGGAGGAGACAGAGGGAGAGACGAUAUCCCUGACGCGGCCUCCUCUACAAAAGAAGAGCCGGCAGGAGAGGGACUCGGGGUGCGAGAGUGACAGCGGGUCGCCCGUGGCAGAGAGUGAAGGAUCCCUCAUCCCUGAGGGGCCCAGCAGUGGAACCUCCCCCCAGACAGUGGAGCCCUGCUCCAGCUCCCCAAUCCUCGUUUCUUCUCCUCCUCUGCCAGCUUGUGAGAGCACCCCUCCAGGCCUCGACUAAUUAUACAGCUGAAGCCACCUCUCUGUCUUGUGGCUCAAAUUCCCCUAAGAUUGCUGUCACUGUGACAAUAGCUCCACUGUCUUUUUCCACCUCACCUUGCAAAUCUUGUUCUCUUUUGUUAAGUCUUUACAGUGUAACAUUUCACAUAACUGAAGCACCAUUGGGUUUUGUAAAUAUUUUGUACAGAGAUUUUUUUAACAAACAUCGGCAAAAAUUUUCAUCUACAUAAACAACAAGUUGUUUGAAAAUUAAUAAGCCCAGCAGUAAUAAUACGUUACGCAAAGUGGUAAAAACCUAAAACUAAGCCCUGUAUCUGAAUAUCUAGUGUGGUGGGCGAUAAAUAGAGUAAAGGCAGUCGUUGCCGUAGGUACAGGGCAUCGGGAGGCGUGGCUGCUGCAUUCAAUGAGGUAAUAACUAGGAGAGGUCAGGUAAUAACAUUAGCUAGUAGUGGUUGCAGGAUGGAGGUGUGGCAAUGAUUAGUCUGUUUUGGUCUUCACAGUUCCUGAGCAGGGGAGGAGGAAGAGGGUCAUUCACAGCAUAUAGAUAAGAUAGCAAGUAGGAGAGUAAAGUGAAGGCAACAACCCAGGACAAAUCUUUUGUAUACAGUGGAAACUGUAUCCAGGCAUUGUUUCUGAGAACAGAUUCGAUACUUGUGCCUCAAUUAGAUAGGUUCAGCAGGUAUAGAGCCUAUGGUUCAGCUAGGCCAUCAAUGACAAUAGGUCCAACAGGAAGGAGAGCCAGUCUUACCUAGCGAGCGAGAGAAGUACUUGAGGAGUUCGUCGAGGAAGAUGACAGGUACCGAGAAACACAGCACUGCAAACCACUCAGUGAGGUUGAGGGGCGUUAUUUGGAACACCCCCUGCUGGGACGGAGAGAGUUCCUUGUUCAGUUCGCUGCUCGUAGAUGGACUCCAGCUGCCACGCCCACUUUACCACUCCCCACACACUGCUUUACAAGCCU